AUGCAGAACACACAGAAAACACAGAACAUUCAACGUGAAUUGCUAAUCCAUUGCCAUCCACCUUUGAAAAAAGAGUCAGAGAGUGAAACAUCGUCAACCGACACCACAGAAGGAUCUAAUGAAGACACAGGUGUUUCUGUAAGUAAUUACAGUGCAUUAGAGAAAGAACAAAAGAAGGGUAAACCUAACCCAUUGGUGAUUAACAAAUACCUGAAUCUAGAGUUUGCUUCUAGGAGGCAAUUGAUUCAAGAAACUGCGAAAGAUGAGAAGCCACGCAUAAUAUUGGAGCUCUACCCACGUUUUAAACAUCCCCAUGAGGUACAGUUACAGAAAUAUCUUUAUACACUAUGUAUACUGUUGAAUUGCACUCUUGGAUUUUGUGCAUAAUCAAAUCUUAACCAAAAAAACGAGCGCAUUUCAAGAGUUGAGAAUUCUUGGUGGCUUGCAUUGCAUAUACUAGCUCUUCAAACUUAAGCGUACUUAAACAUCGCUCGCAUCAGAUUAUUAACCAUAUACGGUGCGCAGUGUUAAUAAAUUAGUUUGUGUUAAUAAUGGAGUUCUAUAAUAUUCCUAAUGUUUAAUUAUAUUAUAUAUAAUAUCUAUAUACAUUAUAAGAACUGCUGAUGUAUGGUGGCCUGCUGUCGAGUUGUGCAAGUAUAUGCAUGAUAACGUUCGUGUUGAUGAAAACGUCGCUUGCUUGUGCUAGCUUUCUAAGUGUGAGCAGUCAAUCUUUAUCUGAUAGACAAACUCGAGCCGAAGGUGAGAGUUUGUAUAUCAGAUAAAGCUGGCAAUCCUGAAUCAUACAUUAACAGCUGUGUCAGUGUUCUGGAGAAAAAAGUUGAUCAGAUGAUAUACUACGGGAUUUUGAAAGGUGCUAUACAACCCCCCAGGGGCCAGUCAGUUUGUGAGUCGUGUCCCAUGUAUAUGUUAGUUAUACCUGUGUGGCACUAGAUGCAGACAGAUACAGGUAUAGGGAUGUGCGGGAUCCGGAUACCGGUAUCCGAUAAAAUCAGAUAUUUACCCAAUAAUGCUAAAUUUUUUCACAACCACAAGACAGAAGGUUUGCCUUUGUGGGCGAUGAAGUGUGAAACACAAGCAAUUACAGUAUAUGUUUUCCAUGGCCACAAAACAAGGAACACAAUUAACAAACCAAGAAACCUGAAGACAAAAGACUAGAUGCUUUAUAUGCAAAACCACGGCAAAACAAAACAUGUUUACUGCUUCCGUUUAGCUUAGCCAAUCAUUGUGAAGCGGCCUAAACACGAUUGGCUAUUGCAAAUCACGUGUGGUUCUGUCUGAAUUUUAUAGCAACAGACUGUUUCAUACUUUCGUAUUGUUAUAUUCUUGUACAAACAAAAAAGAAAUCAUCAAUUGUAUGGAUAUUUUUUAACGAAGACCCCGCAGAAAAGACAUACGCAAUAUGUACAAAAUGUAACAAGCAUAUAAAACGAGGAAUAUCUAUUGAAAAGGGCUCUUCCACAUCGUUGCACAAUCACUUAAAAGUAAACAUGCAAAUGAGCUUAGCAAAGCAGUAGAGAGGAAAUCAAAUGAUGAAACACAUUCUAAGAAUCAGCCACCAAUGAAACAAUGUAUCCAAGAGAUCCUGGACGAACCUACUCUUAAGAUAGUUUGCAAUAUGUAGGUAUAACUCGUUCAAUUGCAAAGAUGAUGGCUCUAGACUGCCAGCCAUUCUCUAUUGUGACUGAUGAAGGCUUCACAACUCUCAUGAAAGUACCCAAGCCUAGGUAAGGUUAUUAGUACAGCUCUAAAAAUAGAACUUUGAUAUAACAUUCUGUUAUUCCACUUAACUUUGAAAGUGCAAAAAGUUUGUGCCAAUUUCUGGCACAGUUAUUGAUUGAAUAAUAAAUAUUUUUAAAUUCUGCCAGUUUGUAAACAGAGUGAUGAUGGCUUUUGCAUUUAUAUUAAAAUACAACAAUAAUAAAAAAUUGCAUUUUCUAGGUAUAGAAUGCCUACUCUGCGCAAAGUCACUGAAACUAUUGUUGAAGCAUAUAAACUUCAGGUGCUCCAGAUCAAGAAAGAGCUGGAUGAAAAUGCUGACUAUGUUAAUGUGACUAUGGUUAUCUGGUCAAGCAGAAACUUGGGGAGUUACAUUAGUGUCACUGGACAGUGGGCUAGCAAAGCAAAUGGAAAGUUGAAGAUCAGGUGUCUUGCAGUUUGGUCGAUGACUGGCAGUCAUACCGGUGAAAAUAUUGAUACACACCUGAAAACAGUAUUCACUGAGUAUGGAAUAUCAACAAAAGUGUUCGUUAUCCUUAGAGACAAUGCCUCCAACAUGGCCCGAGCCAUGUUUAUCGGUGAGUACACUGCUUAA